CAAAUAACAUGGACAACAUAUAUUAUAGCACAUGCAGGGUAUGGAUGUAGUUUGUACAAAUUGCCACCAUGUUGGAAAACACUCUGCUUUUCUGUUUAUGUUAUUUUGCUUUUUUUGUUGUCACGAUAACAUGUUAUCCACCUAUGGAAGAUCCCAACCUAUUUGAAGGGGACAUGAUACUAAGCCCGGACCAAUUGAAAGCCAUAAAAAAAGAAGAGUUCGAAAGAGAUUUGACAUUAGCUGCAACUCGAAAGCCUUGGCCCAAGCUGAUUCCUUAUGAUUUGUACGGACUAAAAGCUAUCCCGAAAGCUAGAGAAGCAAUUGGAGAUGCGUUUAAAGAAUUUCACAAAUAUACAUGCUUACGAUUCAUACCAAGGAAGAAGGAAAUUGCUUAUCUAGAAUUCUUUAAAGGCGAUGGGUGCUCGUCCAUGGUUGGUUACGUAAGAGGUCGAAAAAAUAUAAUUUCAUUAAACUCAGCUUGUUGGACGAAAGGAGUGGCUAUUCAUGAAAUAAUGCAUUCUUUAGGUUUCCAUCAUGAGCAAAGCAGACCAGACCGGGAUCAGUAUGUGAGAGUGAUCAUGAAGAAUGUACCUAAGUACGCAGAAAACAACUUUGUCAAGUAUAAUAAGGGUAGAGUAGAUAGUUUGAACAGUCCUUACGAUUUCUCUUCGAUCAUGCAUUAUAAUGCAACUACGUUCGCUAAACCUGGUACCAACGCUAUCGAAACAAUUGACCCAACAAAACAGAAGCUAAUUGGCCAAAGAAUAACAUUGAGCAAAGAAGAUAUAUUUCAAAUUAACAAGUUGUAUAAGUGUGGCGAAGAAAAAUGGAUGACAACUCCUGUUAUACCAACCUUAGAUCCUAAUUGCAAAGACACAUAUUCGUAUUGCGACAGAUACAAAUACCGGUGUAAUCACCCACCAACAGACACACUGACGAGAUGGGUGGUCAAAGAGUGCAGACAAACAUGUACACUUUGUUGAAAAUGUUAAAAGAAAAAAACACUAACACA